AUGAUUAGGUCUACCGACCCGACAGUGCUCGUCCCGUCGACACAGUCGGCGGUCUUGAGCACGCAACCUACCACCACACAAGCACAGACUGUUGCUGCUAUAACCCAAUGCUCCACGCUCGUUUCUCCCUCUUGCGUUCCCUGCUUUAUCGACGCUGCGACCAAAGUGUAUUCCUUUCCGACAUCACUCGUACUGAUUACGUCUACCGUCUGGCUUCAGACGUUCGUAUAUACUUCUGAUGGCAUUCUAACGACCUCGAUAUCGACCUCGACGAAAUCGGAGACGCUUGUGAAAACUACUGGUACUGUUUCAAGCACGAAUACUGAGCCAACGAGCAAGCAUGCCACCUACUCGAAGCCCAUCACAUGGACUACCGACGACUAUACUCUGACAUAUCCCAACACAUACAUUCAGUAUCAUGCUUUUAGCGGCGUUGGCGCACCUUCACCCACUCAGGCAAGUGGAGCAAGUCGCACAACAGCAUGCGCAUCACACCAGGCCAUCCGCUCGCUCACUCUGCCGGUCACAACGGACCGCUCGGCGCUUUUGUACACCGUCAAUGGCGCGAUAUCUCAGCCCCUGCCCACAACUAUCCCACCGAAUAUCAUCACUUAUCUCGACAGCCUAGCGACCGUUGGAUCACAAUUGGGAAACCGAUCGUUCGGUUCGUGUUUGCCCAUCACAAGCAUCCGAAAAAUCACUUCUUGUCCCACGAGUACGAUCGCAACAAUCACUCCCACCACAUCUGCAACCUCAACAUCCAGUCGUCCUGUCACGCAGAUAUCAGAUGAUCCAAGUGCGACCGAUUCCGUAGCGCCUACGACAGCGUAUUCCACGGCUCCAGCCAUAACACCGAUUACUGCUGCAACGAUGUUUACAACCGGGACGAUUAUCAGCAGGGCUCCUCCUGGAUGGCCCUCUCCCGGCUCCACUAGACAAGACACAACGUCUAUCGCCGGAUAUUAUUACAUCGAUGGCGAGACUCUGCGACCUGGGGAGGCAAUCACAAGGGCAGGGCCUGUCAUAUCUCUAGCGUCUAAUGGUGCCACAUAUUACGUGAAUGGUAGACCUUUCACUGUAGUUUCUGGAAGUGAAAUCAGGCUUGGCACGAGUACAAUUACCGCUACAACGAUGCAUCAGACAACAACGACGACUCAGACCACAGCUCACGAUAUGGGAGAUCUAAUCUUGAGUGGCCUAGGCAGUCAGCAGGGUCCGGACACAUCUGUCACACCAGGAUCAGUCAAGGGGGACGGCAGUGACGGUAGACAAGUUGGAGCGCUUGGGUCGUUUGCUGCAGUUCUCGGAGCUGCAAUCCUCAUACUUUGA